ACGUUCGAGAUCCACGAUUAUCAGGAGAUGGAAAGCAACUGAACCGACGACAAAGAUGAGCCAUUGCAAGCACAGCUUUUGCGUCUCGUUCCUUUUGGGCGUUCUCGCGACUCGCUCUUUCGUUGAAACGUUUAACGUCGACUUUGAAUUACCCGUCUCGACGCCCAACGAGAAAUUCUUCAGCGCGGAUUUACAAAGAAGCGUACGCUCGACGAAAGCUUUGAAUCCUGCUUUCCAGUCUGCGGGCCAGAAUGUUCGAUACGAGGAGAGGAAUGACAACUUCCCAUUGCCCGAGUCCGAUUGGAUCUUGAAGGAAUCGAUCGAUGGUUCGAGGAGUUCCAAGAGAGACGUGAUCGCAGAGAAACGAUCCAGAAUCGACGAAAUCGUCGAAGAGCGUGCAAACGAUCGACGAGGCAAGAAGAGGAAAAUCGCGAGGAAAGAAAUCCGGCCGAAGAUCGUGGAGCUGGAAAGCAGCGACAGCGGAGAAAACACUUUUUACGGAUUCUUCAAGACGGACCCGAUCGAGGGCUUCCCGGAAGGUGACGUUUUCGUUUCCGCUGGCAACUAUCCGCGAAACAGCGACUACGAUCACGCUCAGGAGGAAGUGAGAGAUCCAAAAAACGGGAACGAUUAUCAUCCAUCGUACGAAAUCGAUGAACAAUUCGGAAAACCGAAAACUUCCAACGAUCGUAGAGGAUCUAUCGAGCUCUGGGAGGCUGAGACCAACGAACGCGACAGAAACGGUAGAUCGAGAAUCGAAUCGAGCAACGAAGACAACUUGAGACGAUUAACCGGUUAUCACGAGUCCAGUGUUUCUCCAGGCGAUCGUCAAAUCGAUCGAGACACGUUUCGAUUUAUCGUCAGGCCUAUCAAAGCUAAACAGAUCGACGAUGGCGUUCGACGUGGCAGAAGGGAUAGAAGAAGCCCCGAUUUGCGUGCUAUACUCGAACAAGAAAUGAUCAACGAAGACGACGCCAAUUCGAAGGAUUGCAAGUGUAGGGUAAUUCGACGGUCGAAAGGUUGCUCCUGUCGGUCGAAAAGAGGUGCUCCCGAGUCUCUGGAAUCCGAAACGGACACGGAAAUGGUCCCAGGGCGAGAAAUGGCAUCGAAUUUGAACGUAGCCGACUUGAUCUCUCACGAUGUUGCAGAUACAGAGAUAUUUUCGGAACUUGGAGACUCGCCCAUGGAGACACUGAAAUUACAGACCGAAUCGAACAACUCUAAAAUCGUACGGGACGCAGAGUCCUCGAAGAUGACUCAGGAAAUCCUAAAAGAGACGGAAACGUCUUCGAAAAGAACGUUCGAUCGCGAUGGGAACGAGUUUUUUCGUGAAUUUAAGGGGACCACGGAACAGAAACCGUCGACUGAUAUUGCCCAAGAUACUGCACAGUAUACUUGGAGUAAUUGGGAAAAUUCUACGCCCCUCGACAGCAAAAUGGCGGAGAAAAUUGAAGUCCCGGAAACUUCUAGCGCGACGUUCGAAACGUCCACUUUAUCGGAUGAAGAUAUCUCGAAGGAGCCCGAAGACGAUUCUGAUGGAGAUAAAACGGAAACGGAAGUUUCGUCCGGGACGCCUGUAAACGCUGAGGAUAAGUCCGGAGGUCCCGAAAUUGUGUCGUCGAGGAGGAUAAAAAACUCUUCGAACAGGGGAAGCAAGUUUGGCGAAUCGAAACCAUGGGAAUCGCGACUGUUCGAAAGGACCAAGUUAUUUUUGACGUCGAGGAGGAACCUCGAGAGGAGGAGGGAAAAACAAGCUGUGGACUCUGACCCUAAAUUGGGUUCGAUCGAUAAAAUCCGACGGGUUCGAAAGAAUCGAGUGCAGCAGAUUCCAAAAUUGAAAGAGGAAGGGGAGCAGAAGAUGUUGCAAGACGUCGAGGGGGAGGAGGAGAGAAACCUGAAAAGGAGGGAAGCUUGGGAGGCGAAAAAGGAGGAAAACGCGAGCAAGGAAUCGAUGGAAAAUAAGAGUCUACCGAUAAUCGAGAUCGCGAGAGCACGGAACGUUCGAGAGAGGAUCUUCGAUCCGAAAAAUCAGCAGAAUUUCUAUGAUUCAGGGAUCGUCGAACUCUCCGAUCCAAAGGUAGCUGCAACGAGAAGAUUUAACAGCAAUAAGGAAACAAAAGACGAGUCUUACGUUGCGCUGGUAGAAACUUUGGAGAAUCCACGAGUCUUCUAUUAUCGAGAAAAGCCACAGAACGAACAGAGGAAAAGCGCUCAGGUACUGUUGACAAAUCCGCAUUUCUACGACAACAAACACGAAAGCCUCGAAAUCGUUGAUGAUUCGAGCGAGGAGGAUGAACGAGGAUCGGACGAAUUCCCUGCGGGUCGAGAAUUGUACAUAAUUGACCCUUCCGAGUACAAAGGCGGAGAGCCCGUUUUGAAAUUGUACAGGGACAGAUCGAAACCCAAAAAAAUUAAUGCAAAAACGAUCUCGCGAAAUCCCGUGUUCUACAAUCUUUAUAAAAUUCGUCGAAAGAACGAUAACAGAGUCUCUGGUUGGAGAGAUUCUCAAGAAAAUGUCCAAGAAAAUUUGCCAAGGAACCGAAACACUGAUGAACUUUUAAGGAUUUUAAUCGACGCCUUCAAUUUGCAAUUCGACGACAAAUUUUUUGAGAGAUUAACGAAACAGGGCUCGAACGGUGAUAAAGAAAAUGUCGUACGUUCGUUUGUGGCGAAACCGGAAAGCGAGGAAGACGAUGAAUUCGUAGAGAUUCGCGACAGCGACGAAGUCGUCGAAGAGGACGAAGACGCCAACGAUAGUCGCGAAGGAAACUCGAACGAGACGUUAUCUGGGAAACUUAGCAGGCUUCGAAGACAAGCGCCGGAUCAAACAAAGGUGCAAACGUUGGAAAUUCAAGGCUUGGAGGAAGUUUCGAGCCCGAGGAUUCUAAGCGGCAUAGACGACGUCGAGAAAUCGAUGGUUCAGAAAAUACCCCUCGAGAAGUAUACACAAAAGGAGAAUUUGUCCGUCAAUUAUAUUAAUGACUGGAGGGAUCUAGGGAGAAACGGUAACGAGGAUCGAGGAUUGCCAUCGUUCAUAGAGGGCAGCAUACCGAAACUAGAAAACGUUGUGAUCGAUGGCUUGGAGACGGCUAAAAAUAUCACGGGAUCGGUGGAACGAUUGAUUGAAAAUCUGGACAAGAAUUUUAACGAGACGUCGGAAUCCAGCGAACAAAGCGACUCGGUCGAUUCUGAAUCGAUCGCCACCGAUCAUAACGCUUUUUAUAACGCGAUAACAAAUGUAAAGAAAUUUUUCAUGUUCCUUGGCGGAAUUACACAUAUUUUACGAGGAUAAUACCCUAUACUACUACUCCCUAUCAUUUAUCUGUUAUUUAUACCAAUUU